GUACGCAGUUUUAUCCCUACCUUAACCGACCAUACACCCCCCCUCCCCGGGCUUUUGUUGUUGCCGGAUUGAAUCCUUAUACCCCCGGGCAUCAAACUCCACUGGCUACCCUGAGACGGGGACUUCGUGUGGCCGUGUGGGAAGUGGCUGUUGUGUACCUGGAAAGAAAAAAAGGUAUAUUGCAUCAUUGCAAAAAGAAUCAACAAACAGAUGGGCAGUUUUAGAAAUAUUGAUUCAGCAAAUCCCUUUACAGUCUUUUUCUCUUUACAGAACCUAAAGAUUUUAGUCAUAUGAUGCACACUAUCUGCAUGUAAACAUCAUUGUUUCACAUUUGAUAUCAGGAAAACAUCAUUCUCUUGCUUUCUUUUAUCAUACUUGCUGUAACAUUGUCACUGAAGUCUUGUUUUCGUACGUGUUGACCGAAAACAUCCUAAAUCUUGACUUAAACUUAAUUAUUGUUUAGAUGUUAGAUCUGGACUUUGGCCUAGAUUUGAGCAUUGUGUUCUGUUUCUUUUAUUCAAAAGGUCUCUACUGUCCUGUAGGCAACGACAAUUUCGUGAGUCCAACUUGAAAUUUUGAUGGUUUCUAUACUUUUAUCUUUGCAAUUGUUUACUUUAUAAUUAUAUUAAUAUUGUGUUUGUACCUCUACGCUUUGUCAUUAGUACGACAUAAUUUCUCUCAUAUUUAAAAUGUCUCAUGUGAAUGUCUAUAAUAAUGCGUAAUAAUUUCUAUAGUAUUACUCUCUAGUCUCUACCCUUUAUUAGGCAUAUUUUAAAGAAUAUGGGCGAAAAAAAGAACAUUAUACACAUUUAUAAAGAAUGCGAACCUAAUAUAUUCUUUGAGUUUGAUCAUUAUGUUCAUUGAGUUUGAAUUAUUUGUUCUUCACAUUAUACAAUAUGUUCUCUAAUGUAUAAACAUAAAAAUAAAAAAUAAAAAAUAAAUGUUAAAUUCAAGCACCCGAGUAACUAUGAAAAAGAACAUGUUAUUUAAUGUAUUAUCAUAUUUUUUUUGUAAAGACUUAAUGUUUUUCAUCAAAUACAAACAUAUUCUUUGUCAAACACAAACAUUUUCUUUUGUCGAACAUAGGGUUCUUUUUCAAACACAUUCAACCACCUGAGUAACCAUGAAAAGAACAAAUUCUUUAAUAUAUUAUCAUGUUCUUUUUGUAAAGAUUUUAUGUUUUUUGUAAUGUCAUGUUCUUUGUCAAACACAAACAUGUUCUUUUGUCAAACAUAGGUAUAUUCUUUUUCAAACACUAGUAUGUUUUUUCCGCCUUUUUUAGUUUUACCGGGUGUAACAUGCUCAUGGUGUCGAGUGCACUAUACUAUUUUCAUAUGAAAUGUCUCAUGAUCAAUUUUUGAAAUAUUCAUCGCGCUCAUUUUAAAUUUCUGAAAGAGGAAAAAACGCAUCUACAUAAAAACUGUUUGUGCACAUUUAAAGUACAAUAAAUUCCAAAAUUCUAUACGAAUGUUAUGAGCCACAAUUCAGAAGAACGGUUUUCAUAGGUCUCUAGUGUUUAUUUAUACAUACUAUAAAGAAUGAAAUAAGUUUCAGCUAACACCUAAAUGUCAGACAUUUAAAUCCCUAAUCAAUAAACUGUCUUUCCCUUUGCAUUAUGCAAGAAAAUAGUUUUCAACGUAUAAAUAUGACAGUACGUUUUUUUCUUUUUUGGUUUAUAUUUAAUGCAAACCCUUCAAAAGAAAAUUAAGCUGAAAUUUAGGAAUGUAAGAAAACUAGUGCAUUCCUAAGUUUAAGGGAUCAAUGUUUUCAUUUCAUCCAGCUUACUAUUGUUGGAAUGCAUGUAUUAGCAAUCUAUCAACCAUUCCUUUUUUUUGUGAUAAGAGUAGAACAAGGACAACAACAUCAACAACAACCGAAAAAUCAAAGUAAAAUUUAAAAGAAAAACAAAUACAAAACGAAGUUUGCAACUUAAAUUUUAUUUUGAGGGGAAAUUGAUAUUCAUAACACAAACUUAUAUUGUUGAUUUUCAUCUUCUUUUCUGGGAUUAAUCUCCUUCCAAAAUUUGGAUAAGGUUUGAGUUUAUACUGUUUUCCCCAUUUAAAGAACAAUUCUAAAGUUCUGUUUUGUUAAAGAAAAAACAAUAGUAAAUUUGAAUACAAAGAUAGGCAAAAUAGCUAAGGAAUUAGAACUAGCUGGGCAAAAUGCUGGGAAGGUGGGCAAUGGUAAUGCCUCCCCUUCCCCUACUGAGGAAGAGGUGGAAAAUACCGAGAAGAUGGAUAUACCGUUGAUUGGUGGGGACCGAUAUGACAGCGAGCAUGUGGCCGAGCUCCACUCAGCACCGUCUGGGGUGCUCAAGGCGGAGGAUGAGGAGGCUACAGGUGAUUAUUCUCCUAUGAAGAAUUUUGCAGAUGCUAAGCAUGUAUGGUGGACAGAGUUGUCGAAGUUAUGGGGCAUUGCAGGUCCUAUUGCUUUCAAUAUCCUUUGCAAUUAUGGUAUUAAUUCAUUUACCAAUAUCUUUGUUGGACAUAUUGGAAAUGUGGAGCUCUCAGCUGUGGCCGUUGCUCUUUCUGUUUUUGGAAAUUUUGUCUUCGGUUUCUUGUUAGGCAUGGGAAGUGCCGUAGAGACAUUAUGUGGGCAAGCAUAUGGAGCAGGGCAAAUACACAUGCUAGGAAUCUACAUGCAAAGAUCUUGGCUUAUCCUCUUCGGCGCUUGCUUAUUGCUUUUACCUCUUUACUUAUGUGCUACGCCAAUCCUAAUGCUCUUGGGUCAGGAACCUGAUAUAGCGGAGCUUGCAGGGAAGUUUGCCAUACAAUGUCUCCCACAGAUGUUCUCGCUUGCUGUGAAUUUUCCGACCCAGAAGUUCUUGCAGGCUCAAAGUGAUGUUGCAUUCAUGGCAUAUGUUGGUUUUGUGGCCUUGAUCGUCCAUGUCAUGAUGCUUUACCUCUUCAUCGAGGUGUUUGGGUGGGCUACCAUGGGUGCUGCUUUAGCCUAUAAUAUCUCUGGCUGGGGGAUUGUGUUGGCUCAAGCGUUUUACAUCAUAGGUUGGUGCAAGGAUGCUUGGACUGGCUUCUCUUGGUUGGCUUUUCACGACCUUUGGCCUUUCGUUAAGCUCUCUGUUGCUUCUGCUGUUAUGAUUUGCUUGGAGAUUUGGUACUUUAUGAGCAUCAUUGUUCUCACUGGCCACCUUGAAGAUCCUGUUAUUGCAGUUGGUUCCCUUUCUAUCUGUAUGAAUUUAAAUGGCUGGGAAGGCAUGCUGUUUAUAGGAAUCAACGCAGCUAUAGGCGUUCGAGUUUCCAACGAACUUGGAUCAGGACAUCCUAGGGCAGCCAAGUACUCCGUAAUUGUCAUUGUUGCUCAGUCGCUCUGCAUAGGCAUCCUCCUUAUGUGCAUAGUCAUGCUCACUAGGAAUCAUUUUGCUGUAAUCUUUACAGAAAGCAAAGAUAUGCAAAAUGCUGUUGCUCAUUUAGCUUAUCUUUUGGGCAUUACCAUGGUACUUAACAGUGUCCAGCCAGUAAUAUCAGGUGUCGCCGUUGGAGGAGGGUGGCAGGCCUUAGUUGCUUACGUAAACCUGUUUUCAUAUUAUGUUAUUGGACUGCCUUUGGGAUUUCUCCUUGGCUAUAAGACUCGCUUAGGCGUGGAGGGUAUUUGGAUAGGAAUGAUAAUUGGGACAAGUCUUCAGACAUUAAUCCUAGUCUACAUAGUUUACCAAACAAAUUGGAAUAAAGAGGUAGAGGAAGCUUCAGAAAGGCUGCGAAUAUGGGGUGGACGAGCAGAAGAAUCGCAUGAUGAUGAUAAAUAAGUUCUUACUAUGUUGAUUGUCCCAAAUGAUUCAUUAAAAUAGGUUUUAUUUGUUUUAGUUUUUAAUCUACAUUAUAUCCAAAAAGAUAGGCUUUUUUUUUUCCAAUUUUCUCCUGGAUAAUCUCUUACAAGUUUUGAACCUAGUUAGGGUUAGGAUAUUAAAUUAAUGGUAGGACAUAGAAUGCAGGUCUAUAGCAAAUUAUAGUAAUAGUUACUAUCCUUCAGAACA